AUGGGAAGAGGUCGCAAAGGACACGCAGCUCGUCCGCCUCCAUUGGUACGAACAGACACCGUGAAGACAGAUGAUGAUGAUUUUCACGCUGAUGCGGCCGAUGCUCAUCGCAGUGCUGUUGGGUCUCUAUCUCGGAGCAGCAGUAGUGCCGUGGCUGGGAAGAAGCAAGUCGGUGGGUAUAUAUUGGACCAGAGGAUAGGCAGGGGGAGCUAUGCCCAGGUCUGGCGGGGACAUAUGAUAUCUCAUCCGGAUAAGUUAGUGGCAGUGAAGGUUAUCAAUAGAGGUACAGUGCAGGAGACUAGUCAGUUGAGGCAGGAGGUCAGCGCUCUCAGGAAGCUGCGACAUGAGAAUAUUGUGCGUUUCAUAGACCUUCGUAAAUCCCAAGGACACUUCUACUUGGUGCUUGAAUACUGUGAGGGUGGGGAUUUGGCCCAGUUCAUGCAGGCUAGAGGAGGCAAGCUUGAGUAG